AUGACUCCGUCUGCUCCAUCCAACGCUGCUCCGUCGGUUCUCGGCAAAGGUGAACGAGACCCCCAAGAUUUGGAGAUGCAGCCGCUGACAGGAGCGAACGGGGAGGACAAAUCACCAUCGCAUCCCAGCAAGCAGGCAGAGCGCCCAAAGAAAAGGCUCUACAACGUUUGGCCUUCUCGGAACAAGUUCUUCUGCAGAGGGACCAUGAUGACAGGUGGCGAGACUGAAAUGGGAAUCACUCCCAACUGUUCCGUUCCAAACCUCUGCGUCUGGACCUGCAUCUUGGCACCCUGCUCCUUAUACUUUAUUUGGGUGUUUCCGCAUCUGUGGCGGGAAGGCUGCUACGCGCUGCCCCUUGCAACCUUGGCCGUAUUCCUGAUGGCGACCGGCUUUCUCCUGGCCACAUGUUGUUCUGAUCCUGGUAUCAUCCCUCGCCGGGAGGUGGUGAUCGCGACCAAGACAGCUCAGCAGCUGCAGGAGAGGCUUGGAUAUGAUAUGCUGGCAAGCGAUACGGUUCCACUGGAUGGCAGGGGAGGGGGCCGGAACCUGCCCGUGGAACUCACAAGUCGUGGCUACAGAUGGUGCCGGACGUGCCGAAUCAUCAGACCGCCGCGCUCCUCUCACUGUCCAGACUGCGACAACUGUGUCUUGCGGUACGACCACCACUGUCCUUUUGUCAACAAUUGUGUCGGGCAGCGCAACUACCACUUCUUUUUCGGCUUUGUCACCUCGGUCCUCUGCUUGGCUAUGAUGGUCUUGCCGGUUCUUUUCUGGUUCCUCAACAGCGAGAACUUCGAGUUGGCUGUGGAUGGCAUGAUCCACGUGAGCAGCGGUGCGUUGCAGCCCGUCUUUUACGCUCUCAUAGCGUGCAUCCUGCAUGCCAAGGUGUACCAUGUGUUUCUCAUUGCCACGAAGAGGCAGUCCCCUUUGUCCAACAGUGAAGCGUUCUAG